AUUCCCGUUUUCUUCGGUUCACCAUCUGGCUCAUGACCCGAUUCCACCAGGACCCUAAAUCACCCAUACAGGAACUCCCCAAUGCCUUUACUGAACCGGUAACACCGAAAGACGUUUCUCCCCUUGCUUCGAAUUUCGACACCUGGUUCCUAGAAGCGAAGCAAUAUCGGGGACAUUCGCCUUGCAAAGAUGCCGCUACGGCUGCAUUAGAACCUUCAUUACGACCCAGUGCCUCCAACAAAAAAGCGCGUCCUGAUUCGAUCCUGUCUAUAAACUCCGAGCAAAGCGUGAAUUUGGACGAUCUCAUUGAAGCCAACUAUACCUCGGACCUGGAACAGGAAACGGAUCUGUCCACGCUUGCCAAUAUCGAUCUCAAUGAGUCUCUCAACACGCUGGAAAACACACCGCCAACGUCUGAUUCUACCGCGCCAUCAAAAGAAGUCGACGGUGGUUCGCCGCGGCUUUCUCCAAAUCAAAGACCCAUACGGUAUGGCCUCGACCCCAUCGAAAAGGGUGAUUCAUACAACGAUGCAAUGGAUGAUCUGAAAGAGUUUGAAGAUUUUCUGAAUACAGCUCAGCAGAUCAAUCUGGACAAUUGGGAUUUUUUACCAAAAGGCGAUACAGCCGAUAUAUUAUCCUUUCCCAUGCCACCGACCGAUACGCAUCCUGUUCAUUUGCGCCGCAACCGAUCGCGAUGCAGCAGUAUAAGCAGUGAACACAGUUUGGCGUCACAUUCAACAGUAACGAGUUACCAUUCCCGCCACAUAUCGCCGACCCCAUCCACGUCUUCGUCUACUCGAUCAUUUAGUCGUCUGGCGCAAUAUGCAUCUUUAAGCGAGACUUCUCAUCGUGUAUCCUCCAUAUCUUCGCACCGAUCUCUUGGCAGUAUAUCACAGACGCUACGUCCUAGCACAUCCAUGUCUGCUUCACGACCAAGUACCAGAUAUGAAAAUUGGUUAAAUUCCAGUACCUCUAAAUUAGCCAAACGAGCGUCUCACAUACCAAUGCCAGCAAGCACAAGAUCGACAAACCUUGUCACACCCCAGCGUACAAGUUCGGCUGCAGCUAGUACGACCGCCCCCCAUCCCAGCCGUUCAGAGAGCCGAUUAGGUGGCUAUCGUACUUCUCAACGCGCAAGCCACAUUCCUUCUAUCCGACUGAAACUUCCACAUCCAUCACCACCCUCCUCUAGCAAAAGCACCUCUUCCCUGCGGUCCUCAUCUCGAAUGGGUCAUUCCCGUUCUUCCUCUUCUCAUUUACAGCAAUAUUUCACAACGGAGCGGUCACCAUCCAGACAAAGCAGCUCAUCGGUAAGCACGCCCACUUAUCCGCGUGCACCUUCUCGACUAUCCAGCGUGUACAAUCAACUCAGGUAAAAGAUCGUCACAUGACGACAGCCACGCCAAAACAGAGGACGAGUAGACUAGGGCGUCGUUUACAGUGAAAUUUCUAAAGAUGGUUCAAGU